AUGACCAUCGGCGAAACGGUGGUGGCGAGAUUGCCCGGCGGCGAGACGGUGGCGGCGAGAUGUCCGUCGGCGAAAUGGUGGCGGCGAGUCGGGUGGCGGCGAGAAGGCUUGGCGGCGAGUCGGGUGGCGGCGAGAAGGCUCGGCGGCGAGUCGGGUAGCGGCGAGAACGCUUGGCGGCGAAACGGUCGCGGUGAGACGGUCGCGGCGAAACGGUCGCGGCGAGGUGUCCUAGACCCUUAG